AAUAGAUAAUUUUUUAUUUUAUAUUUUAAAUUUAUAUGAAUUUUUCGAAGAAUAAUGAUAGUUUGGUAAUCUAAUACAAUAUUAUUAUACAUUAAAAAAAUCUUAUUAGCCAUCAAUUCUAAUUGUUUCAAUAUUUGUCUAAAUUUGAGUAAUUUAAUAUAAGUCAUGGAUUGUGCGUUACUGAAACGUUUUCUAUAUGGAAGCUGAUAAGAAUACUACUACGGCCCUAUUAAUGACUAAUGAGAAGAUACUUGAGUAGAAAUUAGGUAGAUUGAUCCAUCUCGAAUGUGUGCGGGGAUAACAGGAACCAACUCUUUAUACAAUUAAAGGAAUGGCUAUUUUAGAUAAUGAUGGAAACCGUAUUUUAGCUAAGUAUUAUGAUAACAAUAUUUUUCCUACUAUGAAAGAACAAAAAGAAUUUGAGAAAAAUUUAUUUAAUAGAACACACAGAGCAAAUGCAGAAAUUAUUAUGUUGGAUGGUAUAACAUGUUUAUAUAAGAGCAAUGUAGAUUUAUUUUUCUAUGUAAUGGGAAGUUGUCAUGAAAAUGAGUUACUUUUAAUGAGUGUCCUCCAAUGUAUGUAUGAUUCCAUAAGUCAGAUUCUCAGGAAAAAUGUAGAAAAACGUGUAGUUCUUGAUAAUUUAGAUGUUGUAAUGCUGGCUUUAGAUGAAAUAUGUGAUAAUGGGAUUAUUUUGGAAGCCGAUUCUGGUGCUGUUGUUCAAAGAGUUGCAUUAAGAGCUGAUGACAUUCCAAUAGGGGAGCAAACAGUUGCUCAAGUUUUUCAAUCAGCAAAAGAACAAUUAAAAUGGUCUUUGUUAAAAUAAAAGUUAUUGGGAAUUAAAUUUAUAAUUAUUUUAUUGUAUAAUAAAUUAUUUCACUUAUUGCUAAUUCUAUAAAAUACAAGAAUAAUAUUGAGAAAA